GUCUUUCUAUCUUUCCCUCACCCCAAAGCACGCAUCAGAGCAUUCAAUAUCGCCCUUUCGAAACACUUCUAUACUUUGUCAAGAACCUCCUGCUUGUCAUAAUGAAACACAGGCAACGCAAUAAGGACGUCCGCCACGUCAUAGGCGCUCGCAUGGCAUGCUUGCGACUCCAGCUCACCCAGAGUCUCACACCCCUCCUGCGCAAAGAGACCCGGCUUCUCCUGGAGAUGCACUCCGUAGCACUUGAAGAGCAAGACUUGGCUUCCGAGGUAAACAUUCUCAAAAACCUUGAUCGUCUACAUAAACAACUUGUGCAACACUGGUGCAAGGUCUACAAGAACCCUCUGUGUCACUCGUUUCUUUUGGCAGACAUGAUCCAAUGUCAGACGCACUUGGCAGAAAUGCUUCUACACGACUAUGUUGGUGAGUCCUAUAGUCCGACAGAGUGGGCUUCCAACAGGGCCGAGACAAUCAGACAAAAGAAAGCGGCCGAGAGGUACACGAGCUCCGACGACUUGACACAGGCGCACGAUAGCGACAGCGACAGCUCGGACGCGCAUGACAGCGGCGGUUCCGAGGUACAUGAAAGCAAGAGUUCGGACGCGCAUGACAGCGACGGCCCAGAGGCGCAUGAUGCUGACAGCUCGGAGCCGGAUGCCGAUAACGAAGACUUGAAGGGGGAUUACCAUGAUGGAAUUGUCUUUCCACUGAACGAAUUGGCACUCAACGUCGCGCACGCGGAAGAAAGGCUAUUCUCUGCCGAAGCAGAACAGCUAAGAAUGCGCUCUGGUGCUGGUUAUGUUACGGAGCUCAUCCGCCGGACCGACUGGAAGAAACUGGCCGAAACCCUCCUGAACGAUCGCGAGCUUGCUGGGGAUCUAUUCAGCGAAGAGCCCAUGCUUAACGACUGUUUUGACAACAAGACAUCCAAAAAGGUUCUCGAUGGGAUCAACAAAGUCGAGCGCAAGUACUUUGUGGAAUUAUCCAGCCCCUCUAAAUAUACGAUCAGCAAACACGCGAUGGACCUAUCGGCCAGAUAUUCUCCCAACAGCCCUAACUGUGCCUCAUUACCGCUGUCGGGGACUGAGAAGCCAACAGAUGUUUCCAGAAAGGAUCGCGCACGGGGCGUUCUCGGCGCUAUCGCCGGCGGAAUCAAGGGCCUAGGAACAGCAGGCCCACAGGGGAACUCGCGAGCGAGUUCAGGUCCUACCUCCACGAAUGACUCUAAACUAGAUGAGAGGGCUUUGUUGAUGAAUUUGGAGGACAUCUGAUUACACAUGGCUCUGGUUCCAUUUGUGAUUUUACUCUCACGGCGGCAGCAGCAGUACCCGAGGAGCUUGGAGUUGGGCGUGUUGAGAAUGCAUCUCCUUUGUGGUCACUAAGUAGGCGUCUGUCAGUUCUUCCCAUAUUACGACGUUUCGUGAGUUGUGAAAUGAGAUUAAAGGACUAUCAUCCUUAUACCUCUGA